GUGUUCGGGCACGGCUCGGUGUCGGUGCUGGACGGAGGGUUGAAGAACUGGCUGGCUGAGGGUCACCCGGUGACCUCCGACUGCAGCAAGCCGGAGCGGAGAGACUUCCAGGCGGAGCUCAAUCAGUCCUGGGUGAAGAGCUUUGAAGAUGUGAUGGAGAACAUCAAGACCAAGAAGGUCCAGGUGGUGGACUCCAGACCUGCCGGCUGGUUCCAGGGAACCGAACCAGAAGCCAAGGAAGGUGUUCUUCCUGGACAUUUCCCAGGAGCGAUCAACAUACCCUUUACAUGUUUCCUGGAUUCCUCCGGAAAGUAUCACAACACUGAUACUUUGGGAAAACUCUUCAAGGAGGCUGGAGUGGACCUGAAAAAGCCGCUCUGGGCUUCCUGCAGUUUGGGAAUCACAGCGUGUCAUGUCGUUCUGGCUGCUCAGCGGCUUGGACUCUCUGAUGUCGGUCUGUAUGAUGGAUCCUGGACAGAAUUCUUUCAAAGAGCCCCUCCAGAGUACAUCAUUUCAGAGGGGGGUGGAAAGAAGGUUUAAUGUUUUCCUGGCUUCUCUCUGGACUGUACUUUGAAUGCACCACCAAAACUUAAUUUUGUCAUUUUAUAAGAAGAUUAGUUGGCAAAUAAGAUGAUUUAUGGUUGAAAUAUCUUACUUCGAGUGGAUAAUAUCUAAUUAUCUUAUUUUAAGGGCAAAAUAAUUAAUUCCUUUGCAGAAGUAUGUAAUACAAGUUCAUAAAGUCAUUAGUUAUUAAGGGUAGUAUUUUUCAUAUGAACUUGUAUGGCAUCCUGUUCUUUAUCAACAGGGUUCAGUGUGAAAUUGGCCUACCCUUUUCAGCUGAUAUAGCAUCACCUCUUCCCAAAAGAAUGUGAGAAGUGCUGCUGUGUUUUGCUGGAAAGAUGUAGGCAUGUCAGAAUGACAAUGAUACUUGUUUAGAUGAAGGAAUACCAGCAAAUAGGCUUAAUUUCUACAUGGAAAUGAGAUGAUUCUCAAUGGCGCUGCUGCAGAAUUUUUUAUUUUUUUUUGCCAAGAGUAUCACAGCUCUUGUUACUCUAAAUGGUGU